GCCAGCGCUGCGUCCUCUCUGGACGUGUGGCCUGCUUUCAAGAUGGCGCCUCAGAAAGACAAGAAACCCAAGAGAUCAACCUGGAAGUUUAAUUUGGAUCUUACUCAUCCAGUAGAAGAUGGAAUUUUUGAUUCUGGAAAUUUUGAGCAGUUUCUACGUGAGAAGGUUAAAGUCAAUGGAAAAACUGGAAAUCUUGGGAAUGUUGUUCACAUUGAACGCUUCAAAAAUAAAAUCACAGUUGUUUCUGAGAAACAGUUCUCUAAAAGGUACUUGAAAUACCUUACCAAGAAGUACCUUAAGAAGAACAAUCUUCGUGAUUGGCUUCGAGUGGUUGCCUCUGAUAAGGAGACUUACGAACUUCGUUACUUCCAGAUUAGUCAAGAUGAAGAUGGAUCAGAGUCUGAGGACUAGGUGAAGCCAUUCCUUAUAGGGCUUUGCUUACUAAUAAAACAAAUGAAGCAGACCCGAGAAAGAAACAUCUAAAAAUGGGCUUUUAGUUUAUCAAUGAAUAAAAAAUAUUGCACUCU